CAGGCAAAAACUGAAAUAUGUACAUAAUUGUGCAUAACAAAAACUGAAAAUAUUUAAAAUCGAAGUUUCCAACAUUUAGAUAAUUAAUUUACUCUUUUUUUUGAUAGGUACUAGAUGUGUUAAGAAAAAAUUCUGUUACUUAAAGAUAAAACAAUGAAUCCUUGUAUUAUACCGACCCCUGUAGAAGAUGUUGAUGGUGAUCAAAGGUGGAUGAGUAUUCACAAUCGGUUUCUUUCUGAAACUCGUGAAAAAGAUCCUGAUGUAAUAUUUAUCGGAGACUCCAUUCUUCAAGCUCUUCAACAUACAGAUUUAUGGAAUGAAUUGUUUGCACCUUUGCACUGUUUAAAUUUUGGAAUUCACCGAGACAAAAUACAAAAUGUACUUUGGAGAAUAAAAAAUGGAGAAUUAGAUAAUGUUAAACCUAAGGUCAUUGUGCUACAUGUAGGAACAAAUAAUCAUAUUAAUACCCCCGAGCAAAUAGUUGAGGGCAUAAUUGAAACAAUUCAUGUUAUUCAAGAAAAGCAACCAGGAAUUUAUAUUGUAGUACCGACUUUACUACCAAGAGGUCAACAUCCAAACCCUUUAAGAGAUCGUAUAUCACAAGUGAAUGAACUUCUUAAAUUGAAAGUUUCAGUGUUACCAAAAGUUGAAGUAGUUUCUAUAGACAAUGGGUUUAUACAGCCCGACGGUACAAUAAGUCAUCAUGAUAUGUUUGACUAUUUAUUGCUCACUAAUGCUGGAAGCAGAAAAGCUUUCGAGCCAGUUUAUGAACUACUUUUACAAUUGUUAAAUGAAGGGGAAGUAGAGAAGGACUUAACACCUUCUGAGUAAAGAAAAUUGUAAUCUUUUAAAGCGAUCGAAUACGUUAUUAUAUGCGUUUAUCUCGAAGA